AUAUUGCACGGAAGCUUAUAUUUUUACAGUUAAAAUAUGCAUAUUUUGCUGUUCUCUUCAUUGUCUCUAAAUAAGUAUGCAGAGAAUGUGACGUGUGUCAGAAACGUCGUAGCUAAUAUAAAUAUUGUAUAGGAGAAGACAAAGCCGAAGAAAAUCUUCUAAAAGGGUCUACCUACAUUAUGCAAGUCUUCUUACUUCGUACAAAACGUUGCACCAAAAAGUCGUUUUUACCAAAAAUUUCACACUCGCCAUAUUUUCCAAUAACCCAGCACUGAAAUAAACAACUAACAAAGCACUUAUAGCUCUACUACACACACUCGCUAUUCGAACGUACGCUCCACCUUUUGAAAACUAAAGGCCGACUCGCGCGUGUGCGACACUCGCUGCUCACCUCGCCAUUGGUCCCUCCUCUCGCCAACAGGUGCUCAGGUAAACUCUCCCCCCUUCUCCAGUGUAUAUAGCUAUACACAGACUCGCGCCCACGUACAAAGCCGCCGCGCGGCGACCACCUCUCUCUCUCUCUCUCUCUCUCUCUCUCUCUUGCUCGGCAAAGUCAACAGUCAGCGUGGGCGCGAGAAAGAGAGGAAAGAGUGUACAUACCGUGUCUGUGUGGUGCUGCUGCCUAUAGGUGCUGCGCUACCUCCACAGUCUCAGCUCGACGAGAUACGCGUGAACAUCGGAGCAGAGUAGAGAGAGAGAGAGAGUAUAGUGAAUGCGCCUGCGAAGAGUGUGGGUAGCCGAAUAUCACAACUCGUUCGCGCGCGCGCGCGAGCAGCAUCUCCUCGGCGCCGAACAUUGUACAUUCUCCAGGAACAGCUUUGUCGUGUGUCUCGGUGUAUUGGAGAACCAGCGCCGAUGUGAUAUAAAGAGAAAGAGAAACGAGACCGGAUCCUCAGGUGUCCCCCGCAAUAUAUACGUAUAGCUGCGCGUGUGUGUGUGUGUGUGUCAGUGGAGGCGAGAGCGAGGCAGUUGACUUGGCCGAUACUCGCACCUGGUGACCAAGGUAUUUCGUGUGCAAUACCCCAGCUGCAAGAUGGUCGACGCGGUAACAGCAGCAGCAGUUGCUCGGGUGUGACUUCACUCGAGUGGCGCCGCGUCGAAUGCAAGGGAUAGCGAGGGCAAGUCGACGAGAAGCGGAAAAUAAAGAACAGCAUCGAGGAACUUGCCGAGGAAAAGGAGAAAUAGCCACGGCGGAAGAUGGAAAAGCGCAGGGAAGGACUCGCGCCGUUUUCCUCCGACGAAUGUCCGAACAGCGGGGAGGACAGCGACGAGGAUGUAAUAACAGACUACCUGGGCUCCGCGCAAUCGGAGUGUUCACGCGUGUCUGUCGUUAACGGGGAUCACCUCCCCGAGCAGCAGCAUCAGUCCGACGCAGCAGUCGCCGGCAAUUAUACCAAAGACAGCACCGGUCAUCAUCAGCAGCAACAUCACCACCAUCCAACGAUCGUCAUGUCCGACACGCCGGAAGAGCAACAGCAGCACGGAGCUGGACACCCGACGGCGACCAGUCCCCUGGUGCCCAUCAUCAGCGUCACCCCUCACUCGCCUGGACUCGCCGCCAAGCAUUACCCCGUUCUCGAGGAACCUCUGCGUCAUCUGCACGAGAUCCACGACAAGAUCAACCAGAUGCGCGACCUGACGCUGGCCCUGGCGAGCCGUACACAGCCGGGCGAGCACCUGCAGCGUUUCAGCACCUCCUGUCCGUCCCUCUGCCCGAUCAUCUCGAUCGACGGCAUCGUCCAGUCGUCGUCGUCGGCCGUCGGAGGCCACCACCAUCACCACCACCAUCACCAGCAGCAGCACAGCAGUCAGGAGCAGGAUGGCUCGGACCCGGACCUCCUGACCAACUGCUCGACCAACAGCUCGCCUACGCACUUUCCCGGCACCAUCAUGGUUGGCGGCGCUGCUGGACACGCCUGCAGCCAGAUCCUCCAGGGAAUCGACAGGCGGCGCAGCUGGACCGACCUCGAGGACUCCAGGCAGCAUCGGCGGGGCUCCGAUCAGAAUCACCUGCAGGCCCAGAACAUCCGGCAGCGAAGUAUCAGCUUGAGCAGUCUCGAUAGUGACAUGGACCUGGAGUUGGAUGGCAAAUCUCGCGCCAGAGAUACGAGCAACAAAACCCGCACUUCCGUGUCGCAGUCCAGUACGCAUUCGCUGAACGAAGCCGACUUUGUCCAUCAGAACGAGUUCAAGAAAGUGGUGGUCAAGCGUGGAGGUCAGAGGCUAGGGGAGAACGUCAGCUUGAUGCCCGGGGUGACCGGAUCGCGAUUGCCGCUCCAGAAGUCCGUUUCGACACCAUCCAUUGUCAUACCGCCGGGCCAGACUCACCUCACGGAAACUGGGGCGCGCGUCGCUCCCUCUCUCUCCACCAGUCGGCAUGAAAGACACGAAAAGGGUAGUGGAAGUGAGACAGAGACGGACGAUCUUCACAUCCCUCAUGGUCAUGAAUUUCACGAGGACUUGAUGAGAGAGGGCGCGCCGAAUAACCAAGCUUCCCUCGACGAACUCUUGACCGACACAGCAUAUGACGAUCGACAUUCGGAGAAAACAAAAAGAAAACGAGGUUCAUUAUUUUCAAGAAAGAAGAAGGAUAAAAGUGGGAAGAAGCCAGCGCAACAACAUCAAUGGGCAGCUAUAAACGUAUCGUCACAGGGAAACAACAGUUGUGAUUUUUGUAUGAAGUCUUUUGCUAGUAAACCGACUUUACACUGCGAAAAUUGCGGCGCCAUAAUUCACCAGGCGUGCAAAGACCAUUACCAAGCAGAAUGCACGAAAUCGAAGCCCUCAAGCAAAUCUUCGUUCAAAUCACUGUCGAGCGUCUCGAUAUCGUCGACGAGCAGCAUCGUGAAGCGUGGCUCCACGGCUUCGCUGCCGCUGCCAGCGUCGAUCGGUACCGGAAGGGAUAAUAACAACAAGAAAGCGGUGACAAGCUACAGCCCUUGGCGGCGAGUUGCCACCAAGCUCGGAGUCAAUCAAACUAUCAAUGAGGAGAGAGACGGAGAUGGAGGCUCUCAUCGCGAUAUUUCCAGCGGCUUGGAGGAGUUCGACUUCGACGAUACGCACCAGUUCAGCCUGGACGAGUUCGACGGUCAGCGUCCGGAGCUGGGCCUGGGUCGGGAGGAGCCGGACUCUUGGAGCGCCUGGAUCGGUCGUAAGGUCGCUCUGCGACUCGUCGACAACAACGAGCGCGAAGUCAAGCGGCAGGAGCACAUCUACGAGUUCAUCCUCACCGAGAAGCACCACUGCCUCGUGCUGCUGGCCAUGCAGCGGAUCUUCGUCGAGGGCCUGCAGCGUCAUUUCAAUCUUAACUCCUCGGUCCUCGACCGCAUGUUCCCCAAGCUCCAGAACCUCAUGGACAUCCACUUUGACUUCUUGGCCAAGCUCAGGCAUCGCCAGGCCGAGAACGCGGUUGUCACCACCAUCGCCGACAUACUGAUAGACCAGUUUUCCGGCGAGAACUCCUACAAUAUGAAGAAUGCCUACGGCGAGUUCUGCAGUCGGCACAGGGACGCGGUCGACGUCUACAAGCAGCAGCAGCAGAUGGACACGAGGUUCGCCAGAUUCGUCAGGCACUGUCAGAACAACCCGUUGCUCAAAAAGAAGGGCAUCCCCGAGUGCAUACUCUUCGUCACCCAGAGGCUGACCAAGUAUCCGCUGCUGGUCGAGCCGCUGAUCAAGACCGGGGUGACCACCGAGGAGACUGACAAUCUGCGUAAAGCCCUGAGUCUCGUUAAGGAGAUACUCGGCGAAGUCGAUGCCUGCGUCGCCGACAAAGAGCGGACGGACAGGAAACUGGAUAUUUAUCACAAAAUCGAUGCAAAGUCGUACGCUUACUAUCGCGGUAAAAAGUUCAAAAAGUCCGAUAUCUUGGCGUCGAAUCGCAACCUCAAAUUUGAAGGCACAGCCUGGCUGCUCCAGGGACGAAGCAAGACGGUACCUGUAGUGGUGGUCUGCCUUACUGACGUGCUUUUCUUCCUGGCUGGCGAACAGAAGUAUGCGUUCUUCGUGCCUGACAAUAAAGCGGGCGUCGUUUCGCUGCAGAAGCUGCUAGUACGCGAGAAGGCCGGCAACGAAUCGCGCGGCAUCUAUCUCAUCAGCAGCAAUCCCAGCGAGCCCGAAAUGUUCGAGCUCAAGGUCAAGGAUCCGCGAGACAAGCAUCUGUGGGUCAAAGCGAUCAGAGCAGCGGUCGAAUCGUGCCCGCAAGAGCCCGACAGUGAAAACUGUAAUUUUACCGAGAACAAUAUGGUUAACGAGAUGCGGGAUGCGCGCUCGCUGUCUCUGUCGAAGAUGUCCCCCGAGGAGAAACUUAGACAAGCCAAAGAAACACAUUUGCAGAAUAUAAUUGAUGAACUUAAGAAGAAAGAUGAGGAGCAAGCAUCGCUGUUCGAACAGAAGAUGUAUUUACAUAUGAGAUUACACGACGCGAUAAGUAUGCGCGGUAGUAACGAAAACGACGUGGAUAAAAUAGACAAAGAUUACAAGGAAGUACCUGACUAUUUAAGGUACAUCGGAGGUGAAGGAAUCAAUUUGACAAAGAUGUACCAAGAGGCGCGCGAAGCUGUUCAGGAGGCAAUGCGAUUGGUCAAUUCCUUGUCUUAUGGCGCAGGCGGUGGAACUUUGUCAAGAAGUUUAAGUUCAGCAGGUGAAAGACACAGCGAUGCUUACGUGCCACCGUCGCUCGCUGUUCCCAGGAGAGCAGAGACCUUUGCUGGCUUUGAUCACAACAAAGAACGCUAUCCGUGGCGAGAUUCAGUUGCAUUGAAUAACAUGGCACCGCCUAUGCCGAAAAACGAAGAGGUGAACACCGUUGAACAGGUGGAGGGCAAAGAAGAGGAUGAGCUUGACGCCUAUAGAGACCAGCGUGAGGUCGCUGUCAGAAUUUCCCAUUACGUGGAUACGCUGCUUUUUAUCAUCAGUAAUCAGUUGACAACAAUCGAGAACUUGCAAUCUCAAUUAGCAGGUUUCAAAGACGGUAGCGUAGGUGGCAAAUCGAAUAAUCGCCCCAACCCGAAUCGUCAACUCGAAGAGCUUCGCAAUCUACAGGACAAACUGAGUCGCGAGCGAGCUGAAUUUCGCGCAUCCUCGCAGCAAGAGCGUGCCCAGCUCGAGGAGGAGCGAGCUGAGCUCAACAAGCUACGUAGUCAGCUGUCAGCGGAUCAACGUGACCUCGACAAGCAGCGCGAUCAGCUGUAUCGCAAACUGGAGGCGCUGACGCGUCAAGGAGUGUCGCUAACCACGGGUGCACCAGUGCCUGUGGUGACGCACGGAACUGGUGACGCUAAUCAGAGCUCGUCUUCAUCAUCGUCGUCGACAUCGCGGAAAAAGUCGCAAACUGACGAGAAGGGCAUGAUUCCACAAAAUCUAUUCAGUGCCACAAACCAGCAGAAGGUGCAACAACUGCCCGUAAAGCAGCAACUGCCGCUUAAACUGGCCAGUGGUAGUAAUAAUACCAACUCCAGGAGCGGAAGCAUAGUAAGCAACAACAGUCCGGACCGUCACUCGCGGACGGGUAGCAGUCCAGCGAUAGUAACGAGCUCUUCGGCCCUAUCAUCUCCUGAACUUGGCACUAGCAGCAAUCACCACAAUAACGGUUCUAGCGCUCUAAGCCACUUCUCGAUGUCGAAUCGCUCAUUGCGCUAUACGCGUAUACCCGAGCCUUAUCCUCGCAAACAUCACGUACAACAACAGCAGCAGCAGCAGCAGCAACAGCAGCAGCAACAGCAGCCACAGCGAGCCGAACCGCAGCAACCGCUUGAGGAAGAGGUACUGUUUUUGUGACGUAUCUUGCGCUUUGGUCGCAAGCACUUCAAUCGAUCGGCUCGCGCGUCCACGGGCGGCUCGUCAACGCCGACCUCGACGCCUACGCCCACAAGGGCCGCAGGAGCUCAGACCGAUGACCAGCAGCAACAACAACAAACGCCUAGAAGCAGGGUCAAGUCGUUCUGAUUACCGACCUUCUCAUCGAAAUGUGAUAGAAGGUAAAAUUCAUGCCUGAGUUUAGACAGUCUUUGGGGUCGGAUGUGAAGGGGAUACUGAGAUGGUAGGUGCAAGGAUCUGAGAUUUCGACGAUUCACGAGAUGAGUUUUGUAAAUUUGUAAAUAGUCCAGGUGGGCAAAGAUUAAAAACACUGGUUUCAUGCAUUGCCACAGUAUAGAAAUUCCUUUACUAUGUUCACUUCGUGCAGAAAUUCAGACAAUAAAUAGCUUGUUAUUUUAUCAAUCAUCGCGAAGAUCAAUUCUGCUCAUGUUCGUAAGAUGAACUUUUUUAUUGAAUGCGAGAAUUUAUUCAAAUAAUGCGAAAAAUGGAUAUCAUUUGUCACGAAAAGUCAUAUGAUUUUAAUAUUUAUUAUAUACUUUAUGUUUACUUAAAUAAAACUGUAAUGUCAAAAACAUAAUUAUACGUUUUUAUAACGUAUUUUCUUAUAUAUUGUAAAAAAUCUUUAUUCUGUUACUGCACAUAUUGAAUAAGUUUUAUUACAGCAAUUUAAUAUUUAAAAUUUCAUUCGGGAUAGAUGAUACAGUUGUUUAAUUCCUACAAUGUGAGACAGUUCGUAACUUAAAUUUCAGUAUCCUUUACACAUUUUCACGUGAUUUCAAGCGAACGAGACUUAAUCAUGCUGUUACAAUUUUUCUCCGAAUUUAUAUAGACAAACGUUUGUAGAGAAGUAAAACAUAACUUAACUGACGUAGCGAUUUUUCUUAUAACGAAUAUUGUGAAAAAAUGAAAUACAUCGCAGAAUGUUGAGCGACUGAGAAACUAAGACGAUAAAAAAAAAUAGAAAUCGAAAAAGGGCAAUAACGGGAGCUUUGUGAACAGCGGACAGUGUUUGAAGAAUAUAAUGCCAGAAGAUGCGAAACAUUUUUCAAGAGAAAUAAAUAAGAUAAUCGAAUAAAAAAGCUUAAAGUAUUAAAGGCCAACUUGAAAAGUUUAAACGAGCCGUUCUUGUUGAUACUUCGCUUGUUAUAAUAUGAUAAAAAUAAGCUGACUGACAGUUCUGGGUAUAUCGUUUUAGACGAGUCUUUUAAACAAAAAAAAAAGAAGAGAAAAUAAAAAAUCUAUUGCUGUUUGGUGGCGAUAAAAACAUAGGCAAUUAAAAAAGCGAUUAUAAAUAUAAAUAUACUAUUUUUUUGUUUUGUGCGUAAAGAAGUGAGCGUGUCUGUUAUAACAGCAUGUAUGCAAUGUGUUUCCAAAAAGGCAACUCUUUCUUGCUCGUUCAUACAUAACAAGCUUUUACUGCCAAUUCAAAAUUUAGUUUUUACAUCUUAUUUUUUGUUUGAUCUAGCUUAUUUAAUAUAUGUAUGCGUAUGCUAGAAGUGAACAUUUUUCUUUGCAAAAAAGAUCGAUAGUGAGAAAAAACUGAAAGGCCUAAUGCAUACUUAAAGAAAUACAUAUUAUGAUAAUCGAUAAAAUUAUAUAAAUAAUAAACAGUUUGAAAUAUCGAGAUAUAAUAUAUAAUCAAGAUAUAAAGAAUGUUAGUUAAUAUAACUAGUUGCUUUUUAUAUAAUUUUGUUGAUGCCUAUUAUGUACACUUCGGAUUUCCUUUUUAUUGUUAUAAAGUUCCAUUUAUUACUCUUUAUGACUGUUUUCUGCAUUUAUAAUACUGUGAAUGAUUAACUAUUAAUUAUAAUGAAUGAUUUAUAUUCUAUCGCAAUCGCAUUAGUCUUAAUAAUUAUUGUGAAUACUAAUUUUAUGGCAGCCGUCGAUGGUCUAGGGCCAAAAAAAGUAAAGAAAACAAAUGUGGCUCGUUUAAUGAUUGACGUCGAGUUUGCAUUCUAAUGGCAAUUUUCAUGUACUUAAUUUAUCGCGAACUUAUUCCAAUUAAUUAAACUCGAGCGGAAAUCCCUUCGACAAUUUGUAUAUAAAUUGUAAGUAAGUUAUAUAUAUAUUAUAUCGUAUUCAGUAGUAUAUAUUUUCGUUUACCAAUCGAUGAUAGGAAAGUAUUGUAUACAUGUUUCGAAAUUAAGAUAUAUAUAUAUAUAUAUAUAUAUAUAUAUAUAUAUAUAUAUAAAAUACAUUCGAAAUAAACGAUAAAACGACGACGACUGCUUGUUGCAUGUCUGUAAAUGUACUUUUAUAGUAGGAUAUUUCUUAUACCACUUAUUUUGAAAGAAACGAUAUUUUAUUGUAUACUUAAAAAGAAUAAUUUGAAUGAAGUUAAGAGGGUUAAGACAUAGAAGGUAAAUCCGAUAUUUGUGCCAAUCGAUAAAACGAUAGUUUGAUUCUCUUUCUCAACGAAAAAAGAAAUGAUUUUUCUCGUAUAUACGACGCGCGCUGUUAACAAUAUUAAAUGCAAACAUAACAUGUACAAAAACACUAUUAUGUAUAAUUCUUGUAUAACGAUUAGCGAAACAGAUAUUUAUUCACGUGUUUGAUGGUUAAUUAAUAUUCAUCCACUGCCACUCUCAUUAUAUCAAUACAUUUUUCCGCAAUUCAAUAUUAAAGUGAUAAUUUAUUUAAAACAUCUUGUUGAAUAAAUACAUUUUUGUUACGUCUUUGCAGUUAAAGUUAUCAGCAAAAACUCUGUUUCGAUAAAAUCGCCAUCAAAUUUAACGGUAUUCUACGAUACAUGUAUAUCGCUUUCUAAAUUGCAUCCCUAUCAAAUUCUUAUACUCCAUGGUGAUCGAAAUAAUCUCGAUAAUAGUAUUUUAUGCAUUUUAUCCAACAAUCAUCGAAAGUUAGCUAUUUGCUGAUAUCUUUAUAUUUGAAUAUUAUCAUUAAAAUUAUUACCGAGAAAAAGUUAAUGAGUGAAACAAGAAAUACAAAAAUAUUCUUAAUUCCAAACAAUGAAAACAAAAAUAAAUAAAUAAAAAUAGAGAUUGUCUUUCUACUAAAAAUAUUGUCAGACAAAUCAAUAUAUUUAAUAAGAUAUAAAGUUAAGCUGCACGAUGUGCAAUAGGAUCAAAUCAAUUUUUUGUCAAUAAUUGACGUGUACGAUGAAAGAACUAACGAAGAUGUCGAUGUAGAAAAUUAUUAAAUAUUAAUGUAAGGAGAACUCGGUAUAUAUAAAAAAGAAAAUAAUGAAAGAUAUUUCUCAAUCAAUCAUGAUGACAAUAGACUAUAACUUUAAUUCCAGUACAGUGUUAUAAAUAUGCGAAAGAUCUAUGAUUCGUGAAUUGUUAUAAAGCGGUUUAACAAAGAGAUGAUACAUAUAUGCUAAAAAAGAUUUAAAAAAAAAAUAAUACCUUGUUGUUACUGCAUCAUUGCGUGUGUAUAAUUGAUAAUGCAAUUAAUCGUUGUUAAAUAUCUGAUCACGACAUAAACUCAAUUUUAUUCUAUAUGAAAAUGAAGUCCUAUUCAGAUUUUGUCACUAUGCAGAAAGAAUCAUAAUAAUUAUUCAUAUUUUUUAUCUUGAAUAUUAAUAAAUUUAUCAAUGUCGGGAUUUAAUUAGCAAACUUUUAUAAAUACAUUUUUAAUUUGAAGAUAUUAAUUGUUCAUCUAUAUCUAUAGAACUUAAUACUUCACACAGUUUCGAUAUUAAAAGCAACUUAGAAAUUGCUAUAAUAAUAGAGUUUUAUAGAUAAAAAAUAUGCUCUUGCGCGUUUUUUGCAAAUGAAAGUAAAGCAUAAAAGAUACUUUUCAAAAAAAAUUGUUCAACCGUGUUAAAUUUUUAAAGAGUAAUUAAUAAUUCAAAAAAUUGAAAAUGUAUUUUUCAAAAGUAUACGUGAUAAAUAAGCGAUUUUCAGAAAACAUAUUGUGUAUUCACGCAGAACAGGACUUUAUUUUCAAAUACUAGUAUUAAAAAGAAAACGAUAUAUAGUAUAUACAACUUCGAAAAGAGAUUCAGAAUUAUUUUUCAUUGAGUUCAACAUAAUCAUUCCUAACUACAUUGAAAACAAAAGUCUUUUUGAAUUUAGGAUAUAAAUAUAUACAUUAUAAGAUUUAAUUAUUAUAAAUCAUUAACAUCGACUCCGAAAAACUUUUAAACAUUACGCGUACUAGAAACGCGCGAAGUUUAAAAUUCUCAUCUCUUCAAAGUAACUCCAGAAAAGUUCGGAAUCCUCGAUCACUUUUAACUAGUAGAGAAAUAUGGCCUACAAUAGUCUUUUAACUUGUACAAGUGUAAGCCGCUAGAGUGUUAGGUGAACAAAAAGAUCUUAUAGUCGAAAUAAUUUUACUACAUCAAAGUGUCUUUUUGAUCGUCAACACUCUCGAAUAAAAUAUUUGGAAAGUCCCAUUGAUCAUCGAUUUUGAGAGUAGUUCACGAGUAAGAAAACUCUUUUCCAUUCAUCCGCUGCUUGUUUUUAAACGGACUGUUCGAUGAAAGAGACCAAAUGGUAUCUUGUACUUUUAGUCUCACGGGUGAUGCUCAUGGAAACUAUUUUUAUACAUUAUACUCUGUAACUUUUUCGAUCUAAAUGAAGAUAAAAAACAUCAUGAUUGUGAUAAAUGACUGUAUACUGUUCAUUUUUCGAUAGUCUAGAAAUUUUAUUAUUAUGCUUAAGACUAUGCAUCUGUGAUUUUCAAUAUUUGAUUCGAUAAUUUUUAGCGUUAUCAUAGUUCUUUUUCUGAACGUAUAGAGCAACGAUUAUUUUCUUAUAAAUGAUUUUUCAAAAUGUUAUAAGUAAAUGUAGAUGUACAAGCUUCAUGGACUAUUAAUUAACUCUUUUUUAAGACAAUCCAAUUGAAUGAGCAAAUCGUACACGACAGGUCGAAAUUACUGCUUCAUUUGAACGUGAUAUUAAUCAAAGCUCAAACUGUUCUGACUGUAAUUUUACGAAUAUGUUGAGGUGAUUCUUGUACUGGUAGCUAACA